UCAGCUCGGUGUUUGGACACGCAGGUCACAACAUUUGUAAAGAUCACUGGAAAAACGUCACAUGACAUCUCUGAAUCGUCUCUACUUCUGAGGUCAUCAGAAGAGCAACCAAUAACAAUCGACUGUAUCAACAGAUGUCGCUCCUCAUUGGACUGUCAAGCGGUUGUUGUAGAUUAUGAAAAAAACGCAUGUUUUAAUUCGACGGCACAUGCAAAUAGAUACGGAAAUACUGUCUCUGAAAAAAUUAAUUAUUUUGAAAAAAUAUGCCUCCAAGUAGCGGGAUGCAACCGAAUUUGGACGUUGGAAGAAGUGAGGGGGAGAGAGCUGGUUGGGAUGGACGAUCGUGUAAUAGAAGCAGUAGCCACCAAACUGAGAUGUCAAGAACUCUGUCUUCAAGAGAGAGAAUUUCGCUGUCAUUCAGGGGAGUACGACCAUAUUCUCCUUCAGUGUCGUCUAAGUGUAGUAGACAGACGCCAAAGGCCAUCAUCCUUUAAGCCAGCUAAUGACAGUGUUUACUACUUUGAUAACCUGUGUGUUAAACGCACAACAGACCAAUGUAGCUACAGAGAGCAUGAAGACCUGGACAUAGAUCGGCAUGACCUACUUCUCUUAGCUUUCACUGUUGAUCAGUGUCAGGCACUAUGUGAUGGGAAUAGGGAGUUCUUAUGCAGAUCAUUCACGUUUCUCAGUUCUGCUGCUAGGUGUUGGCUAAGUGGAGAUGACACUUUUAGCAUCACUGAAAAAACCCACCUGGUGUCUUAUUCCGGGAGACAUUUGUACGAUCGUACUGAUUGUAUGAGAAUAACACUUUCCUGUAGCCAGGAUACAAUGACACUACAUGUAGAAACACAGGAACCGUUUAAAGGGAAAAUAUUCUCCCAGUCAAAACCAAGAACUUGUAAAUACUAUGGGCAAGGACAGAGAAAUACAUCGUUCUCCAUGCCUCUACAACUUCCGAAAUGUGGCAUUACAAAAGAGGAUCAGCAGAGUUUCAUCAACACUUUGGUUGUUCAGGAACAUCCCAUCAUCCAGCGAAAGGUUGAUCACGUGAUCCUUCUACGAUGCAUCAUUAACACCAAGAAUAACACUGUGAUAGGCACCACUAACAUCACUGUACGUGGUGGUUCAACUCCUUCUUCUGUAGUCAACGCCACAGCACCAUCACCUUACAUUCGUCUGAAGAUAACAGACAGCAGUAACCAGGAAAUUACAGGAACAAAGCUAGGGGAAGAUCUUUCUUUUCAGAUUGAGACCAACAAUGACAGUAUAUUUGAUAUCUCUGCUAGAGAGCUUGUAGCAAGAAAUGGCAGGAGUGAUGAAUUUAUUACACUCUUGGAUGACAGAGGGUGUCCUAUUGAUCCCAAAAUUUUCCCAAUUCUGGAGAGAGUGCCAAAUACCAAAAUACUCCAAGGAAACUUCGAAGCCUUCAAGUUUACAGAGGACAUGGUUGUACGUUUCCAGGUGAAAGUUCACUUCUGUGUAGAUCAAUGUGAGGUCGUGUCAUGUGGUCCAAACAGAAAACGAAGACAAGUUCAGGAUACUGUUAUCUUUCCUGAUUUCCCAUUACAGAAAGAGAUAAUUGUGGAGGGUAUCACUGUUGUUAAGCUUAAUAAAGAAGACAAGUAUAACGUAACAGUUCAAGAUAAAGGUGUUGUAUGUACCAGUAAGAGAGUGGUGGCUGGAAUUACUGUUGGGUUAGUCCUGCUCCUUGUGGCCGUCCUAGGAAUAUGCCUUGGGUGUUUCAUCCUGAAGAAGUCGAUUAAAAAACAAACCUUACUAGCACGUUCUGAAAAGUAA